AUUCACAUAUUCAGAAGUCAUCAAAAUGACAAAUAAUUUCCAAAGAGUUUUAGGUAAGGGAGGGUUCGGAAUGGUGUAUCAUGGUACUGUAAAUAUUUAUGAACAGGUGGCUGUUAAAGUACUCUCUCAGUCUUCAACUCAGGGCUCUAAAGAAUUUAAAGCAGAGGUAUUCAUAGUUCGACAGAAAACAUUAUCAAUUAACUUGUGAUGUGUUUCUACUGCCCACCAUAGCUUAUCCAUCUCAAUAUUUUCUUGACAUGAAGGUUGAUCUUCUUCUGAGAGUUCACCAUACAAAUUUGGUGAGCCUCGUGGGGUAUUGCUAUGAAGGAGAUAAAUUGGCUCUCAUCUAUGAAUUUCUGCCCAAUGGAGACUUAAAACAACAUUUGACAGGUAGCAUUUGCUCAUGAAACUAAAAAUAAAAACUCGAACGGAUCUAAUGAGCUAAUAUACAGGAAAAGGAAGUGGAUCUAUUAUCAAGUGGAGUGUUCGACUACGAAUAGCUUUGGAAACAGCGUCAGGAUUGGAGUACUUACAUAUUGGAUGCACACCGCCAAUGGUGCAUAGAGAUGUCAAAACUGCCAACAUAUUGCUGGAUGAGAAUUUGAAGGCUAAACUCGCUGAUUUUGGACUCUCUAGAUCUUUCCAAAGCGGAGGUGAAUCUCAGGUUUUGACCGCAAUUGCUGGUACUCUGGGAUACCUUGAUCCUGAAUGUAACAGUUCUGGUCGACUAAGUGAGAAGAGUGAUGUCUACAGUUUCGGGAUUGUGUUGUUGGAGAUGAUCACAAACCAACCCGUGAUUAAUCAAACUUCAGAAAUUUUACACAUAACACAAUGGGUUGGCUUUAAGAUCAGCCAAGGUGAUAUCAUUGGGAUUAUGGAUCCAAACCUUGGCAAAGAUUAUGACUCUAAUUCUGCAUGGAGAGCUCUUGAGCUGGCAUUGUCAUGCGCGAAUCCUUCUUCCUCAAAACGACCAUCCAUGUCUCAGGUUAUUCAGGGUCUAAAAGAGUGUAUAGUGUGUGAAAACUCGAGGGAAAAUAAUAAUCAAGGCUUGGAAUCUCAAGCAAUGAGCAUUGGCUUGGACUCUUCGAUGGAUCCCAUGGCAAGAUAGUCCCGAGUGUUGUCUACUUGUGAUACUUAAAAUGGAAGCAACAAAUCGAUAAAGUUAAUACUUUUAGAAAAAUCUGUAAACUAGUCAACAUGUUUCGUUUUUCUUUGUUCAUUAACAUGUCCAGAUCAUAUUAUCUAUUCUAUUUGUGAUUAUUGGGUUCUUCAUAUGUGUCAGGAGAACCACGAACAGGUCAUUUUUGCACGAUCAUUAUACUCUGUUAUUUGGUUUCUUUGUAUUUGUUUACUCUUGAGUCUUGAUUACAUUACCUCUAAGAGCUGUGAUAAUGGCUCCUUGUCUGCAA